UUGGAAGAAUUGAAGAAUUCGAUUGCUUUCAUCAAAGCUCUCAAAGGCGCGACAUUGGAAGACUCAGGCCUAGAUCCCAAGGUGAUACAACGUAUGCAUAACCCACAGCAAGAUGGCGACCUUCCUGAUCUCAUGGCGCCCGAGAAUCGCGAGCUCCUCCUGGCUCUGGAUCAAUUCAUCGCGAAUGGCCAUUCGGAGGAGGCGUAUCGGGCCAACAGGCAGGCUGUGAUGCGGUACGAAAAGGGGCUCAUUCUGCCUACUUACGAGGCGAUGCAGAAAACUGUGGAAGAACUAAGUGGAGUUGUCCCGAUUAUCACUGACAUGUGCCCGGAAACUUGUGUCGCAUACACAGGCCCUUUCGCCGGGCUGGAUCGCUGUCCGUACGACACCUGUGGCGCCGCGCGAUACGAAAUGCGCGGCAACAAACGCGUCGCGCGGCGUACUUUUCAGACGCACCCUUUAGGGCCUCAAGUUCAGGCUCUCUACCGAUCGCGUCAUUGUGCAAAACGCAUG